UGGCUAAUUCCCCCAAAUAUAUAUUUUCUCUGCCCUAUUCUCCCCCCCUCCCCCUCCCCCUCCCCCUCCCCCCCUCUCUCUCUGUGUUUGUAUUUCUGUACGGUAUCUUCGUUUUUGUGUCUUUGUGCCUGUAGUUGUUUAGAAGAUCUUCGUUAAUAGUCGUAUUACGAAAGCCUCCGGGUAUGCCAUCUUCAGCAGCAGCUGCAGAAGAAGAAACUGUUUGAUGGGAAUCUCACAUUUGUAACGUAUUAUCCACUUGUAUUUUGAUUCAACAAUGUCUCAAACCAACUGGGAAGCUGAUAAAAUGCUCGAUGUGUAUAUCCAUGACUACUUAGUAAAAAGGGAUCUAAAGGCUUCUGCACAGGCUUUCCAAGCUGAAGGGAAAGUAUCCUCUGACCCCGUUGCUAUUGAUGCUCCUGGUGGGUUUCUCUUCGAAUGGUGGUCAGUGUUUUGGGACAUAUUCAUUGCUAGGACUAAUGAGAAGCACUCGGAGGUUGCUGCAUCUUACAUUGAGACUCAAUUAAUUAAAGCUAGGGAACAGCAGCAGCAGCAGCAACAACAGCAGCAACCUCAACAACCACAGCACACACAACAGCAACAGCAGCAGCAUCAAAUGCAGAUGCAGCAGCUCUUAUUGCAGAGGCAUGCUCAGCAGCAGCAGCAGCAGCAACAACAGCAGCAACAGGUGCAGCAGCAGCAACAACACCAGCAACACCAGCAACAACAGCAGCAGCAGCAGCAGCAGCAGCAGCAGCAACAACAACAACAACAACAACAACAUCAGGCACAACAGCAGCAGCAGCAGCGAAGAGACGGGGCCCACCUUCUAAACGGAACUGCUAAUGGGCUUGCUGGCAAUGACCCUCUUAUGAGACAGAACACUGGUACAGCUAAUGCUUUGGCUACGAAGAUGUAUGAGGAAAGAUUAAAACUACCAUUGAGGGAUUCUUUGGAUGAUGCAGCAAUGAAGCAAAAGUUUGGUGAGAAUGUGGGCCAGCUUUUGGAUCCAAACCCUGCAUCAAUUCUAAAGUCAGCUGCUGCUGCUGGCCAGCCUUCAGGGCAAGUGCUGCAUGGUACAGCAGGUGCUAUGUCGCCGCAAGUUCAAUCUCGGAAUCAGCAACUUCCUGGGUCUACACCGGAAUUAAAGACUGAGAUGAAUCCAGUAUUAAAUCCCAGAUCUGCAGGUCCUGAAGGGUCAUUAAUUGGAAUUCCUGGAUCAAACCAAGGUGGUAACAACUUGACUUUGAAAGGAUGGCCUCUCACAGGUCUGGAUCAGCUUCGCUCUGGGCUCCUCCAGCAACAAAAAUCGUUUAUGCAGGGUCCUCACCCCUAUAAUCAACUUCAGAUGUUGACACCACAGCACCAGCAACAGCUUAUGCUUGCGCAGCAAAAUUUGACUUCUCCAUCUGCCAAUGAUGAGAGCAGAAGGUUGAGAAUGCUCCUGAAUAACCGAAGCAUGAGCCUAGGGAAGGAUGGACUUACAAAUCCCGUUGGUGAUGUAGUUCCAAAUAUUGGGUCACCUCUACAAGCUGGUUGCCCUGUGUUGCCUCGUGGAGAUCCAGAUAUGUUACUUAAGUUGAGAAUGGCUCAGUUUCAGCAGCAGCAGCAGCACCAACAGCAGCACCAACAGAACAGCAAUCAACAGCAGCAGCAACAACUUCAGCAGCAUGCCCUUUCUGGUCAACAUUCUCAGUCCUCAAGUCACAAUCUUCAUCAGCAGGAUAAAAUUGUUGGUGCUGGCAGUGUAACUGCAGAUGGUAGCAUGUCAAACUCCUUUCGAGGAAAUGAUCAGCAGUCAAAAAAUCAGACUGGGAGAAAGAGAAAGCAGCCUGUGACAUCCUCGGGUCCAGCCAAUAGCUCAGGAACAGCAAACACAGCGGGACCCUCCCCAAGUUCAGCACCAUCAACGCCUUCAACUCAUACACCUGGAGACGUGAUGUCAAUGCCUGUUUUGCCACAUAGUGGUACUUCAAAGCCUUUGAUGAUGUUUGGCACCGAUGGUGCUGGCACUCUUACAUCUCCGUCGAAUCAAUUGUGGGAUGAUAAAGAUCUUGUGCAAGCUGAUAUGGAUCGUUUUGUGGAGGAUGGAUCUCUUGAUGAUAACGUUGAGUCUUUUUUAUCUCAUGAUGAUACAGAUCCCAGAGAUCCAAUUGGUCGUUGUAUGGAUGUUAGCAAAGGGUUCACAUUUACGGAAGUCAGUUCUGUUCGAGCUAGUGGAAGCAAAGUUGUGUGUUGCCACUUCUCAUCGGAUGGAAAACUGCUUGCAAGUGGUGGCCAUGACAAAAAGGCUGUAUUGUGGUCUACGGAUCCUUUAAAGGCUAAAAGUACACUUGAAGAACAUUCUGCUUUCAUCACUGAUGUCCGUUUCAGUCCCAGCAUGCCGCGUUUGGCAACAUCUUCUUUUGACAAAACUGUGAGGGUUUGGGAUGCUGACAAUCCUGGUUAUUCACUCCGUACUUUUACUGGACAUUCUGCUUCCGUUUUCUCUUUGGACUUCCAUCCGAAUAAAGAUGACCUUAUCUGUUCUUGUGACGAGGACGGUGAGAUAAGAUACUGGAGUAUUAACAAUGGUAGCUGUGCAAGAGUUUUUAAGGGUGGCACGACCCAGAUGAGAUUUCAACCCCGUUUAGGAAGAUAUCUUGCUGUAGCUGCUGAGAAUGUUGUGUCCAUACUUGAUGUGGAGACACAAGUCAUACGGCAUUCAUUACAGGGCCAUACGAAAACUAUUCAUUCUGUUUGCUGGGAUCCAUCUGGAGAAUUUUUGGCCUCUGUCAGUGAAGACUCUGUUAGAGUAUGGACACUUGGAUCAGGAAGUGAAGGGGAUUGUGUUCAUGAGUUAAGUUGUAACGGAAACAAAUUCCAAUCAUGUGUUUUCCAUCCCUCAUAUGCUUCAUUGCUGGUCAUUGGCUGUUAUCAGAGUCUUGAGCUAUGGAACAUGAGUGAGAACAAGACAAUGACUCUCCCAGCACAUGAAGGACUGAUUAACGGAUUGGCUGUAUCACCAAUGACGGGUUUGGUUGCCUCAGCCAGCCACGACAAGUUCGUUAAGCUCUGGAAGUAAUGUCAUCAUUCCUCCUCUCCCAUUGGAAAAUCUGCUUUUGUUUUCAUUGAAAUGGUUGUAGCUUGUGUCUACCUUUUUGUGUGUGUGUGUUUUGUUUAAUUUAACCCAGAUACUGAGAAAGUAACUCUGUUUACUGCUAAUGAUGUUUCUUUGUCUAUGAAUGCUGAUCUUCUUGAACUGUCUGUAUUGUUUUGUUAUGUACUCUGUGAAAAUGACAUUUUGGGUUUUGGUAAAA